UUAUUCACAAAAAGUGUGUCAGUGACCAGUGAGCCCUUGUGGAUCGUAUGUCUAUGCGAAUUGACCUUAAUUUGCAACGUAUUAAACAAAAAGUUGUUGUCACCGUUGUUGGCUUGUAUUAUAAACUCAUGCUGGCCUAACCUUAUACAUUUUCUCACACAUUUGUCUAACUUCUAAAGCGUGGUAUUAGGACAACGGUGUUAAGUGUAAAGUGUGAUACAUUAACCUGAACAGUUAACUGCAAACAACAAAAAUGGCAAAUCGUGAACUCAUCAUUGUAGCCGUAAUUGUGUUGGCAUGCAGUUGGAGUGUAUCAGCAAAAUUCGGUGAUAAAAUCACAGUCAAAGAGAAGGACAUGAUGAGGAAGUCGAUUGUUUUCGAUAAAAAGACACCCGAUGUCUUCUAUUGUCCAAUGCAGAAACCAUCAACUAUGAACAAGCUUAUUGUGAGAUCACGUCCAUUACAUAAGCUAUGUGAAUACGAAGGUCAACCACUGCCAGAAGAUUAUAAAUCGGAUUGUUAUCAGGACAUUGAUGAAUCCGACUAUGCCUGCAAGGAAAAAUAUAGAAUAAUGAAACGAUUCUCCAAAGAUGAAUCCCAAAUUGCGAGCAAAUGAAAUAAAAACAAAAUUAAAUAAGAAAAAUACUAAUGCAAAUUAACUAAAAAUUUUCAUAUUUUUUUUUUUUUUAUUUUUAAUGUUUCUUUUACACUAAAAUCUAACAUUUUUAUCCUUACUUUUUUUGUAUACAUUUUUUGUCUUCUAAAUCUAAUCUUUUAUACUUACAAAAGGGGUGGUUUAUUUAGGCAGAUUUUAAUGUUGAUUUUAUUAUUUUUGUUUAUUGUUUUAUUUUUUGUUUUCUGUUUUCGAUGUCCAGACUUCAUCUCUGUUGAUUUUAUUUUCUAAGAGUCGCACUCUCAUUUCUAUAUUUCUUCAAAACGUCUCCUUAAUCCUUAACUUCUCUUCUUUCUACCAUAUUCUGUCAUUUCUAAAAAGAAACCAUUCGAUUGAUUUAUUUAAUUUUUUAAAUAAAAAAAAAACUCAAAAACAACAAAUAAUAUGCUCGGACUCUAACCUAUUGACAAGGAUUACCAAAAAUAAAACAGGAUUUUAACAGAGGUUCUAACCGAAAACAAUAAUCCUUGCACACUUCUUCCACAUACAAAAUCAGAUAUCGAUGUCAGAUUUGUAGAUGCGAUUGCACAACUUUAACAAAACUUAAUCCAGCUUUUGAUAUUUAAAAAUAAA